AUGCGUUCUGAAGGGACCGACUUUUUAGACGAGAUAUUGAUGGAGGAGCAGAAGCAGUAUUCGAAAGCCUAUAGUGAGGCCUUCCAACUCAGUUCACAGGCGACACCGUCUUCAGAACUUGCUGAUCGCAGCGAUGAACUGCAUUCGGCUUGGAUUCAUGGUCUCCAAUGUGGUGCUCAACUGGGCGCGGAACUUUUCUCCUACAAGGGUCUGGCUGAUGAAGUUGUCGCGUCCUCUACGUUGAGGCCUGUAUCUCCUUCAGUUGAAGAGGUGAACAAACACCAUCCCAUCUGCAUCGCUCAGCAACUCUUACAUCUCCUUACCAACCCUCCCGGACCACUUUCACGUUCAUGUCAGGAGUUCGUCAAGGAUCCUACUUCCGAAACAAACCUCUCGCUCAUACGCAACAAGGCGAAACAACUCAAGGCUGCGCUUAGAAUCCCCACAGCUAGGAAAACUACCGAAAACUAUGACUUUUAA